AUGGAGAUUGAUGACGGAGCAGAGCUCUGUUUUCCACAACUCCUUAACACCUCCUGCAGGAAGUCGACACUUCCUCGGUCCGAAGCUGUAUUUCUGAACACUCUUCUGUCCUCCAUCUCUGUGCUCACUGUGGCUCUCAACCUGCUUGUCAUCAUCUCAGUCUUCCACUUCAGGCAGCUCCACACACCCACCAACAUCCUCCUCGUCUCUCUGGCUGUCUCAGACUUUCUCGUGGGCCUCCUGCUGAUGCCGGGAGAAAUCCUUAGAAAAACAUCCUGCUGGUUUCUUGGUGACCUCAUGUGUUCUCUGUAUAAGUAUGUAUCGUACAUAAUUACCUCUGCCUCAGUAGGAGACAUGGUGCUCAUAUCAGUUGACCGAUAUGUUGCUAUUUGUCACCCUCUGCAUUAUACCACCAGAAUCACUGAGAGAAGAGUUAAACUCUGUGUUUGUCUGUGUUGGUUCUGUUCUGUUUUGUACAGCUGUCUCUUUGUAAAAUAUGGCCUGACUCAACCAGACAGAUAUGAUUCCUGCUACGGAGAGUGUGUGAUCAUUAUUAACUAUAUCGCAGAAGCUAUUGACCUUGUUUUGACUUUUAUUGUUCCCAUUACUGUCAUCAUAGUUCUGUAUAUGAGAGUGUUUGUAGUGGCUGUGUCUCAGGCUCGUGCCAUGUGCUCUCACAUUACAGCUGUCACACUCCAACGUUCAGUGACUCCCACAGCAAAGCGAUCUGAGCUGAAAGCAGCCAGGACUCUUGGCAUUCUUGUACUUGUGUUCCUAAUAUGUUUGUGCCCAGUUCACUGUGUCUCUUUUGCGGGUGACAAUGCGCUCAAUGCUUCAUCUGCAUCUUAUGUGCUCUAUCUGUUCUAUUUUCACUCCUGUCUAAACCCUGUGAUCUAUGCCUUGUUCUACCCCUGGUUUAAAAAAGCUAUUAUUCAAAUUGUUACACUUAAGAUUCUGCAGCCUGGUUCCUGUGAGGCCAACAUACUGUAGAGAUGCUGUGGAGUGACUGAAAUGAGAUCUGCA